UUUCCCCAGUGGCUUAAAGGCUGCAGUGUUCAGUCAUUCCCCAGCUCAGAGUAUCAGUUUCCGUCAAAUGCAGGCUUGGGAUUUGUAUGAUGCACAAGAUAACGGCUGGGAGACUUUCUCCAGCUGCUGUUUGCUCCAUCUGUGGAAGGAAGCAAUCAUUGCUCCUAAUUUCUUGCGAGAUUUGUUUAAAGGUUAUACAGCUCAAGAAUGUAGAAAGGAGAAUUUGAAUUUUUGUUCAACAUUGAAAUUCUACCUAACUGUACUCCAUGGAUUACAGAGUACAGCCAAACUUCCAGUCAGUGAUGGCUUCUGCUGCAAAGCUGUGUGUUGGAGCUACCUGCUGUGACUGAAGCCUUGGCAACAUGUUCAGCGUGGAGGACCUCCUGAUUUCUCAUGGCUAUCAACCCCCGAGGAGAAGUGCAGGGGACAAGCCCCCGACCUCCUCCUCCUCCUCGGACGACAACGACAACCUCGACCCCGGGGGCCACCGUGAGGUCAGGCGCAAGUCCGGCCACGGAGCGGUGAACGGGUGUGAGGCGGAGAGAGGCGGCGGCGGGCAGCCGCGAGUGGCGGGCGACCGGGGUGACAGCGAGGGCAGGCGGGUCGGUGCCGGCUGUUGUGCUCAGGUGCACCGUCUGUUCCCACCCGCCGCCGACCAGACCCGGUUAAACAGUGGUCCUCCAUUACCCUGUUCAUCAAGACCCAACUCGGGUAAAGAUGUCACCUACUGGAAAAGAAGGGGACAAGACUUCAGUGUCUUACUUGAUUAUACAACCCGAGGAGACUCAGAAGGAACUAACAUGAGGAAAACUCAAAGCAUUCCAAAAACUGAACAACUAGGAAGAGGAUCACAAGAUCAAUUGCUGAAGAGCAAGCAGCGGGUGACAGAAGCAAGUAGACCAGAUCAGCAAAAGAGUUGGAUAGCAGAAGGUCAGAGUAUGGUGGAGAGAGAGGUGCGCGAAGACAAGUGGAGAACUCCGAUGGAUCGUAAGUGUCAAAGCUUGGGAACCGAGGAAUGGAAAUCAUCUUUAGGAAGACAGUUGUCUGACAGUGAUGGAAAUAAGUUGAGACAAAACAUAUUACCCAAGAUGGUUAGUGAUGAAGUAUUUAGAAAAGAAGGAAUGGAAUAUGUAAAAAAAGGAAAGUCUCAGUCAUUGCCUCGGGUCAUACCAGACAGCAAUGGCAAGGAAUUUCAGACAGGACUACAUUAUGUAACAACAUCUGGCUUUAAUAGAAACAGACUGGAAAAUCAGUGUUUGAAAGAUCAUCAUGCAUUGCAAAACAGCAGUUCUUAUUGUAAUGCUAAAACAAGUUCAAAAUGGAGAGAAAAUGUCAGGCAGAACACUCAGUUUACCCAGCUGCCCAAAGCUAAGUUCAAUAGACCACUCAAACCUCCCUCCUAUGAACUGUAUCAGCAAAUUAGGAGAAGUUCAGAAAUGUUACCCAGUCUCCAGGUGCAUGGAGAAAACGAAGGACAAGACCCUUACUUUGCCAAGGACAGUGAAGCAGGUGCUGACAAUAAUAGUUGUCCCCAAGCUCUUGCUAGUGGCAACUUGGAGCCUCCUGUCUAUGUGCCUCCCCCAUCCUAUAAAGCACCACCUCAGCAAAAACUUGGUCAGAUAUAUUUUGAUAAAGUGCCUAGUUGUAACAACAAUACAGGUCAACUCUCUCAAUCCACAAAGACUCGUAUAGAUCAGGCUCACUGGUGCUUAGAAAAUGAGGAGAGUAAUCAAGCUCACGAAAGACUAGCUUUUGAUGAUAAUGAUGCAAAGCAACGUUUACUACAAGCCAAAAAUAUGAAUGAUGAAACAGGUAACUGUGUUCCUCACACUCGGGUUAGCCAUAGUGCUUCACAUAACGGAUAUGCAGAUGACCAAAAGGCGUUUGUCAAGUACAUACCAUUUAACGAUCCUCGGAUUAGGCAUAUUACGAUAGUGCAAUCUGAAAAGCAAUUUGAAGAAGUAGAUUAUAAGCAAGAACAAUGGAAUGCAACAGAGCAAGUUACAGAUGGAAAUAAGAUAUUUGGAUCAUCACACCAUCGUAGUGCCUUCUCUGUUCCAUCAGGGUCACAUUACUCUACUCAGGCAGGCCUGAGGCCGAUAGCUGAUCCUACAACUGGUAACAAAUGGUUGGUGGCAUCCAAGCCAGAGAGUGAGAACAGCACAAAGUCAGACCAUUGUCAUAAACCAUAUGUAGGCAACCAGUGUGAAUCCUCAUUAAGGCAUGAUUCAAGGAUUCUUUCAACCAUAAACCAUCCAGCAGGCUUUCCACAAUCAAGUGCCAAUGCUAAAGGAAAACUGCAUGCAAACCAAGGCACUACUGAAACAGUGACCCAGGUAAAGAAAUGGGAGCCAGAUUCCCAGUUUUUUGAAGUGCAAGGAAAGAAACAGCCAAAAAGAAGAAUGACAGAAACAAUAUUUUGUCUCAUUUCUGUUCCACUCAAAACCUCUGAAGAAGGGUCCAAUGAAGAUGUACUUAAUAGCAACGUGAGAAAUGGAAAUGUUGAAAAGAUCAUGAGUGAUAGCACUGGAAAUUUAACUGAGCAAAGUUUUUUAAGCAUGUCCUCUUCUGACUUGGAGUUACAAGCAUUGACAGGAAACAUGAUGUCAGAAAAUGGAUUGAAGAAACUGGAGCACUGGAAUGAAGUGAGCAAUAAAUGCACAGUUGGCUAUAACUUUAACCAGCACAGAGAGCUAAGAGCCUCUGGCUCUUGGCCAGGUGACCAGUACAAAGAUCAAGAAACACAAACAAGUUUCAAUAAAGGCCCUCGCACUACUCAAUCAUUCACCAGUGCCAUAAAAAAAGUUGCAAAGGGCAACCAGAGUCAAAGGCAGAACCACUCAGAAUCUGAAACUCCUGUACUAAAGCAAGGGGAUCAAAUAAGUGCAGAAGCUACUGUCAUCGGUAACCAGAAACAGAAGCUGAGUAACCAUCCAAUAACUGGUCAGACAAGUUUGCAUCCAUCCAGCAACAGUGCUUUCUCAAGAACAGCACCUACACAAUAUCAGGUAAUUAAAUCUCACAAACACCAGCUGGAAGGAGCUUCAAAAAGCCCCCAUGAGAAAGGCAGAGAUGCAAGUGCAGAAGAGCAGGUGGAAGAGAGCAGAGCAUGUCCACAGACUUCAUUCAACAACGGCAAAGAAUCUGUAGGCUUUGGUCAGUUUCUCCUGAAGCCUGUAAACCGCCGUCCUUGGGAUGCAAUUAGUGAGCUGGAAAACUUCAACAAAGAGAUUCAGGAACACGAGGAUUGUAACAAUCAGACACUGGAAAUGGAAAGUGAAGACAGUGAGCUUUCUGCACCCCAGUCGAUAAGUUCAGACAUAGCCUUUCCAAACACUCGUAUGCCUUCCUGUCACAAAUCUGAGCUGUUUGUGCCUGAAAAACCAUUGGCCAAUAUGAAUGCACCCAAAGAAAACCUGGACAGUGGAAUUAACAAACACUGUCCAGAUUAUACCAAUAUUACCCUUGAGGUACAGAAAUCAUUUAGAAUAGCUGCUGACAAUGACAAGCUCAGCAGCCAGUUCAGCAAUCCACUUCAUAAACCUAUCAGCAAAAGAACAACAAAUACUAAAAGCAGCACAACUUUAAAUGUAUUCUCAGCAAAAAAUGCACAGUUCACUAAAUUAAACAAUGAAAAGAAUGCAGAGGACACUAAUAGCAAAAGCCAAUGUAUAAGCAUCAAUGGAGUUAGUAAACCUAUGUAUCAACUAAGUGAAAGAAAGGCAGGAGAGAUAAUUGAUGACAACUCAUUAGUCAGAGAUAAGGCAGCAGGUAAAAUAAAUGUCCCAGCUCCAGAAACUGAAUGUAAUGGCAUUAUUAGAAAAAUGUUCUCUCAAUUUGACAGUGAUCAGAUUUAUUCAGAAACUGACCUAAGCUCUUUAAGUUCUUGUAAAAGCACAAAACCAAUUACUGAUAACCUGAAUGACCUCUUUGAACAGAAAACAGUGAAAGGAAUUUCUAAAACUGAAUCAUUUGAAGAAAGAGCUGCCAGGAUUUUAGGUAUUGACGUGGCAGUGGAAGCCUUGAUUUCUCCAACAAAGAAAGCUCAGCAUCAGGAUGUAGGAGAAAAUGAGGCAAAGCCUUCCUCUGAAGAGGAGCUGGUCCAUCAUGUGACAAACAGUAAAUGCUCUUCAGGAGAAGUACUGGGGCAUGGCAUGGGUAAAGGCUUGGAAAUUGACAAACAAUUGGAAUGGAAAGACAGCCCAGUUUAUGGAACAUGGUUACCAAAUGGAAAUAAUGUGCUCCAGAAUAAAUUAUCAAAACAGGUUACUGAAAGUAACAAAGAAUUGCAGUUGGAAAAAAGGGCCAUCAUCAAUGAAAUUUUUCACGAACCUUUCAAGGAGUUUUAUAAUUGGGCUGACAAAAAUUGCUGCUUUGGCAUCGAAAGCAAAAACGCCUCUCUCGUGGGCCCAGAGAGGAAAGGGCGAAACACUUCAGGAAUGAUCGAAGCUUUGCAAGGUAAGCUUGCAACACCUCCGGGCCGCACAGCUCUGGAUCGCUUGGCCCGAAUGAAAGAAGUUGACUCAGUUUCCCGUAUCAGGCGUCUCAGCAUAAAAAGUGCAGAUUCUGGUGAUGAGCUUGAUGAGGAUAAAUGUUGCACAGAGCAAGGAGAUAAAAAAGGGCCUUAUACGUCAGUUCGAAAGGAAGACACGCAUGCAACAAAGAAAAGAAUUAUAUCGCCAGAACAGGAUUUGGAAUCUUUUGUGUCUUCAAUCACAGCUAAAACUGAGAACAAAGAUGCUGGAGAUGCUUACGAUCCCAGCAAGGUUGAGACUGUGUGAAAAGCGAUCGGCCAAGAGCAAGGAGAUGUCAGGAAAACGUUGUGGAUUUUACACUGUGAUCUAGUUCACAAGACUGCCUUUCAUCAAAUGCAAACUUCUAGAAUGCCUUCCACACACACACACCAUUUGUAUUAACAAAUGCAUUGAUAAAAUGCUAUAUCACUGCCAGGAAGAAAUUAAUUGGGUACAGAAAUUACUGUUAAAUUAUCUCUUCAAUAAAUAUCCUAGCCUUCUGUAGCUGGUAGUCCCAGCUGGAGCGCAGGAACACACAGUACAAAUCCACCCUUAACUUGGCACAUAACCCACCUGCUCUGAGUCCAGAAGGCAGAUGGUGCAGGAAGUGAUGAGAGGCCACGUUGGUGCAAUAAGAAACAACCUACUGAAGUUGUGGUUGAGGCAAAGUGAAGGCUCCCAAAUGUGCGAUGCCUGAUCUGGAAAUGCUUGAUGAUAACACUGGACACCUGAAACGAGGGAAUACUCUUCCCCUUAGAGUUAAUAUCACUCACCUAAAGAGCACAACAUUAUAAAAAAAUCCAACCUUCUGCUUUGAGAUUCCACUAACUGGACUUUAUAUCAAAAAUUAUCAAUAUUAUACUCAAAGUACUGUAUUGGAUUUGCUUUCUCUCUGGUAGAGGUAUUUGAAAGUGCACAAUUCUGCAUUUUAAUUUCACUUGAUUAUGUAAAAGCAUUUAGUGGAAGAAAUGGAUCUUUCCAUCUAAUGGAACUCUAAAGCUGGAUUUGCCAAUAUCGAUGCAAUUUAGAACAGACUGGUUGUCAGUGAGUUUAAGACGGAUCCAAGUUUGUGUAUAACAUUACAAGAUGAGAACACUUGUACUUCAGGUGUAUAUCUGGGCAGCUGCAGGGAGUGUACAGGUGACAGAUACAAAAGAAAUGUGUGAAUGGAAUUUACAGGGAUUUGGGAUUGAUAAUUCAGAAAGCGUUCGGCAACAUUAGAUCUGCUGUCCUAUCUUCCUUUGGAGAACAAGAGUCAACUUGUGCACCAACUGUCUUCCAAGGCUACAUCUGUCGCCCGAGCAGCAGAUGUUCCUGGAUCCCAUGGUCCUACUUGUGGGUACAAGUUAUAACUCUGCACUUUGAUGUGCCUGGGAUCCCUCUUGGACAGUGGGAGUGAGGGAGACACAAUGUCCCAGUAAGGGAAACUCAUUAAUGGCAGUUAAAAAUGAAACAAUUGGCACAAAGAUAGAACUGAGAUAAAGCCAAAGGAAUACAAUGCAUGGUGAGAGAUUACAGAUUGAAUUUAUUUGCACAGGGCAUUAAAGAUCAGUCAAUAUCGCAGAAAAUUCCUGUAGCAACACUGGGCAGGUAGCUCACGGAGCAUUCUUCAAUAGCAGUAUUCUGUCUACAGUUUGGAAGUGGCAAGCAAGAUGGAUCCACGCCCCCCCCCCCCCCCAAGUCUCCCCCCAAUCACCCACUUCCACUGCCAGUCCUAUGAGUAACAAAAUAAUUUGGCCUUGCGGCCAAACUCCUGAUCCCCACUCACCAAAAAUAACAAGGAAAUUCAUAUGUUCAGUUGCGACUAAUCAGAGCUCUCACCCAUUUUCCAUCCUCCAGUGUGCAGUUCACACUAGAGCACAUGGCCAUCGGUAGACACUGAUCAUUGCCCAUUAACUAGCUUAGAUGGGUAUCUUGGUCGGCAUGGACGAGUUAGGCUGAAGGACCUGUUUCCUUGCUGUAUCACUCCAUGACUCUAACUCAAGGUCUGUUCUUACCUUACAGGAUUUGCCAUAGAGAUUUAUGCAGUAAGAUGCAUUCUUCAAAUGAAUAUUUGUUAUUAAUCAGGAAAUUAACUAACAAAAAAGAAAUUGUGUGGUCAUUCACAUUUCCAAAGUAUGUACUUUUGCUCAAUGUUAAUUUAAAUAUUUUUGACCUUCAAUGAUUGUGUGCCUGCUGGGAAUUUAAUAAUCAAGGUUUUAGAACCACCAAUUGUUAGUUGCAGUUCUCUACAGUAACCUUUCCGGAGAUGGAUGAUUCUGUGCAAACCUCACAUAACACUGCCAUCCAGUGUCAUUACACUGCUGAAAUUGUACAUCUAGCCUUUUGUUUUCAUUGCAGAAAAUGAUGGGCAAGCUACAGGAAGAUACUGAAGGUGGUAUUACUCAGAUCAUUCAGUCUUGGUUCCCAUUCUUGAAGAUGGCUGAUCUUAAUAUAGCUGAGAAAUGGUAUAAAAUCACAUGACAGCAACACCUUGCAAUAAUAUAGCACCUUUAACAUACAUCUCAUUGUGCUAUAUUGGCUUUAAACAUAAGUGGAAUGUAAUACUCUAAUGGCUUGCUAGUGCCUUUCUGAAUUACUAUACAUCAAUGAAAUGGCCUCAAAGAGUUUGCUUUAUAUAAAAUGUGUAUAUUUAUUUUUAAUGUAUACAGUAUUAUUAGAUUAGAACUAACAACAGGAUUAUCAGAUAUCUGGUAUUUGGAAUCUUGAUUAAUGGGGAGAAUCAAAAGACAGGCAAAAACUCUAAGGUUGUUGAGUGUUAAACAAUAUGGGGAUUUGAGGUCACACUGUGAGCUUUCUUUUCAUGGAAAUGGAGUGGUAGAGGGUUAGGAAGGGGAACGUUCCUUCUCUGUACCUUCAAGAGUUAUUAAGCAUUUUUUGAAGCUACAAUGUAUCAGCAUCUCCUCAGGGUAGUGAGAAACAGACAAUAAAUGCUGGCCUUUCUCAAAAAGGUCACAUCCUGAGAAAGAAUAAAACAAAAAUUAAAGUCUAUAAUGUGUAAAUAAAUUUCAGCUAAUGUGCCCUGUGUUUGCACGUAGUUUACUUACCAGAGUAGAUUUCAUAAAAGUUGCCCAGGGAGUGUGUGCAAAGGAAAUUGCCUUGUCAAUAUAUCAUGCUAAUGAACCAGAUCUUGUAAUCCUGUUGUUUUUAAUGGAAAAGCACAAAUGACUAGUGUUUACAUUCAGAUUGAGUGCCACAAAGUAUAUAUAAAACCUUGAUAUUGGAUAUUUGCCAGUCAGGUAUCUGGUCCACUGUUUAUUGGUUAAUGGAAGGGCACAAGAUAGCUCUGACAUUUCCACAGGAUAAAAAUGACAGUAUUCUAAGCUUGAGUAACUCAUACCAAUCACAAAACGCUAUUAAUUCUAAUAUAGAUGCCUGCUUCCUACAGACAACAUAUUUGUUAUUUUUCUAACAUUUAAAGGAAUAACACUUGUGAAAAAACAAGCUAUGUUAUAUGUUUAAACUUUAAAUGCCACUCUAGUUUGAGGUCAGCUUUCGUUCUUAGCACAUGGGUCACAGGCAUUCAAAAGUUAAUGAAAAUUGACAGCAAGGCAAGUAGGCUUACAGCUGACUUAAUAUAUAGAGAUAAAUUGUAUAGUUUAAUGCAUAUCUAUGUAUAUAGUAUAUAUAUUGGAAGCAUAUGAAGUGACGGACAAUAGACGUUGAAUUAUAUCCAACGACAAUAAGACUUCCAAGAUCAAAGUUGAUAUAGAAUCCUUGUAUUUUGAUUGGUUACCUCAGGUCCCAGAUUCAAUUUCAGGGAAGUCACUUUCAGAGGAACCGAGGAAUGAACCUGUAGUUGGAUCUAGAUAAGUAUUAUUUACUCAGAAAAACUUCUGAAGAGAAAUCAAUGAACCGGUUUCCAGUUCAUCAAAGGCCAGCGUUAUCACAAAUUAUAUUUUAGCCUCUUGGUGCUAAUCCACCUUAAGAAGCAUUGCACUUAAUCUAACACCCUUUAAAUUUGGUGCAUAGUAACAUAUUGAUGCUGUCAAUUUAUCAUCUCAAAUUGCACCCCACACCACCACACUGAUAAUCUGUAGGUAAAUCAGCCCUACAUUAUAUAGCACAAAAUGCUGUUCAGGCGUACUCCAAUUAUUAAGUAAUAAAAUCUGCAAUUGUACUACAGAUUUUGUUACUAUAAUUGGAAUGGACAAAUAUAAAUAUCUCCGUACUUUGCUAAAACCCUUGUGACAAUACCGAGAAUGAAAUACCAGCUUAUGUAAAAAGCCAAAUUGUUAUACAAAUGCCAAAUACAAUGUGGGAGAGAGACUGGAAACUUCAGUUUCAUAGGAUAGUCCUUCCGAUGGCUAUUCCUCUGCUCUUAUCAAAGGAAAUUCACCUGAAUGCAAUACAUGUGUGUGUCUAAAAGGGGAGCUGGACAAUUUUCUAACAUUGCUUUUGGUGAUAUUAUUUCCAUAGCAAGGUUAAGUCUCCAUAUAAAUGCUUCAUGGAGACAGUGUUAAUAUUAGCAAACAAGUAGCCUGAGGAGAUUGAACUGCAGUUUUUGUGUCGAGAAGGAGAUAUAUUUGAGUGUCUCAGAAAAACUCGUAAGUGUCACGUAUCUUAGAAGCUCUUCCAUUAUUUUUGAAAAUAAAAUCAGUUAUUUUAUUUUUUAAACAAAAAUAUGUAUUUGUAUAGAACCCAAGAGGAUGUGGAGGAAAGCAAAAGGGAAUUUCCUUGUUUUCCCCUAAGGCUUGACAUUAACUUCUAUUUAUCAGCUCAGUGUAAAUACUAAUUCACAGGCUGCGAUGUAUCUUCACCGAUGUAUAUUAUUCCAGGUUAUCUCUAAAUAAAAUAUAUGCAUGAAAGUUC